UCAUUAAAACCAAUGAAUGCACCCUCAGCCGUGCAGCUUCGGUUUCUUGGAUUUUUCUUUAGUCACUGUAGCUAUCAACAAAGCCAUAACAGCGGAAUGAAAUGAUACGGAGAACGUGGAUGUUUUUCUGGAACUAAACUAUUGAUUCAAUUUCCGAGAUUUUACGUUUUGUGGGACAAGGAGUUGUUUUGGAACGUAAGUGAACUUGGAUAAAAGUGUUGGAGAAGUGGCAUUUAUCAUCAACUGAUUCCAUAUUUUUUAACGAAAUGUUGUUUAGUGUUUUGUUAUUUAUCGUCUGAAAUUUGAGAUCUCCUGAUCAGCAGCUGUUUCAUUGAAGUAAGGUACAGUUGCAGUUAUUUAGUGUUAUGUUUAUCGAACAUCAGUGAAUGAGCUUUACAGUUUAAAAUUUUUAAUGAAUUGUUAGAUUAUAGUUUCAAAACUGUUUGUAGAAUUCGUCUUCGCCAGUUAUUGCUCAUCGUUUUGCUUCUUCAUACCGGCAGACGAUUUUUAUUGAUUUCGCCAAGUUAAGUAUUCGAAUUUUUGUUUUUUUUCUUAUAAAUAAUAAUAUGGUAUUUUAAAAACAUUUCAAAUUAUUUUUACCAGUAUUUGAUUGACAAAAUUAUUGGAAUAUUAUAUGGAAAAUUUAUUUAAAAAUGUGAAAACAAACGAGCAUACUUAAAAAAUACUUUUACAUUUUAAGGAAUAUUAAUCUAAAGGAAAUCUUAGAUUAAAUUCCAAAUACGUUCUAUCUGAGUGUGAUCAUUUGGAAUACAAGUUUGAAGAGUUUUCACUAUCAGCUUUCGCUUUGGAAUUCGAGAAAAAUAUAUUUAAAAAAUAUUUAUUUCUUCAAUCAAGAAAUAGAAAGAAGAACGACUUGUCGAGGUGGAACAUCAGUUGUAGCUUGCUCUUAAGAUAAAUUUUUGUCCAUAUUAGGAAAUCUGUUUACUAACAAAUUGCUAGAAACAGGAUUUAAAAUUUUUAAGACUUGAAAUUGAAUUUUUCGCAUACAAUAAUUUGAAGCAUAUUUUGGAGAUCAUUAAUAGUAAGAAAGUUUCAUCAUUUUAGUGUUGUUGAUUUGAACUUUAUUAUCACAUUGGAAUUAGGAACUAUCGUUUGCUGUUUUAUGUAUAUUAUAUAAACUAUAUAUCCAAAAAAAUUUGAUGACAAGCCAAAAUAUUCUUAAUAUUAGGGCUUGAAUAUUUCAGCGUUCGACUUGGAUUUUUUUUUAAAGAUAUAUUGAAUCAUAUUAUUCGAAGUGUUAAUUUAAUCACUAGGCCUAAUAUUGCCAAUAUCAACUGACUGUUUAAACUGAAAUAUAUACCACCAAAAUGCCCGUGAUAAACCGAAAAAUGUUCUUUAUGCAACUGAUUAUCGGGGUUCUAUCACUGACAGUGGCUGUCGAAUCAACUUACCACGUGGAAAGAGAGCCCACCUGCGAUUGUGUUUGCAGGGACAGUUUUAUGGACGCUGCUUACACGCACAAACCCCUUUGUCACGUAAUCUCCCGAUUCGAGAAAGAACUUCUGACGGUGAAGCAAGAGAUCGAGAGAAGGACAGUUUUCAUUCAUGAUAUCGCGGAACUGAAAGAAAUCAUGGAAGAGCAAGACGAUUUAAUAAAAACUCUUCAAGAACAGGUGGAGAAACUUUCCAGAACGAGCAUCAGGCACGAGGCUCUGCCCACACCUGCAUCCUUAGUGAUGAAGGAAGAUUACAUGCAGGGCGAUUCCGACAGAGGGAAUCGAAUGAAGGAAGAAAAAGAGCUUGUGGAAAACGUCUCCACACUCAUCGCAAAGGUCGAGGAGGUUGAGAAUUUGACCACUAAAGUACAAGAGGAAUUAAAAAGUGAAAGACGCGUUAGAAGACACUUAGAGGAAGAUUUGAAUGAAACGCGUUUCAGUAUCAAAAUGCUGGACGACAAAUUGUUGAAUGUCACCUUGCCAAUGGACAGCAGAGUGACACAUGUAGAAGAAAUUAUGCUCUCGACGCUGGAAAGCAUGAACAAAACACUCUUUGAAGACCACUUAAAGAAACUGUAUUAUAAAGUAGAUGGAGUUGUUUAUAAAAACGAAACCGAAAAGUUAGAUGAACGUUUGGGUCAAGUCGAAACAGAGUUAAUGGAUGCCAGCAACAGCAAUAUGACUUUGAAGUUUGCGGAAGAACUUAGUAGCAUUGUUGAAAUCUUAAGCACCGUAAAUCAAACUAUCAUGGAGAAAUUAGCUGAAGAAGAAUCCCGGCUGGGCAGUUUGGAAAAUAAAACCAAAAAAUUAGAUGAACUCCAAGGUUUGCAGGAUGAAAUGGCAAACUUGUUAAAUAGAACAUCGAAAUUAAAUGAACUAGAAGAUCAAAUGGAAACCUUGUUGAAUAAAACCAUGAAAUUAGAUGAAUUUGAAAGUUUUCAGAAUCAAAUGGAAACCUUGUUGAAUAAAACCUUGAAAUUAGAUGAAUUUGAAAGUUUGCAGGAUCAAAUGGCAAACUUACUGCACAAAACCACGAAAUUAGAUGAAUUCGAAAGCUUACAGGAUCAAAUGACAAUUUUGUUAAAUGCCACAGAACUAAUGCAGACUCGAGCGAUAGACCUAUGGAUGGAUAUACAAUAUGUUCGAAACACUACAGUUCAACUUGAAAAAGAACUCCAUGAUCAAUCUUUAGUGACAAAUAAAACCCUAGAAUCUGUACAUCAGCAAGUGUCCAACAAGCUGCAGUCUUUGUCGGUAGAGUUGUCCAGUCUAAAGGAUGAAGUUCUGGCGGAUCAGGAGUCUCUGACCAACCUAAAGACAGACGUACAGAUCCUUUCUGCUGAUGUUGCGAUUUCAGAGAAUAAAGUGCAGAAUUUGUCUAUGGCGUCGGAAAACAUGAUGAAAGCAAUCUCUAUAAGAAUCGAAAAUCUGACCGGUGUUUGGGACAAUUCAUUAUCAAUUUUAGCAAGUCAAAUAGAGCAAUGGAAGAAUUCGAAGCAUAAUGAUGAAUCAAGUAACAAUUUCAAGGAUGUCACUCAAAGUAAGAAUACCGCUGAUUGGACAGGAGGCGAUGAUGAUGAUUAUGAAGUUGAACCAAUUAGAAUGAGAGGAAAAGGACCUGAAGAGAAGGAGAUUUGCGAUCUGCCUUCAAAUGAUGAGCAUCUGCUAAUGUCGUAUGUCAAGGACAAUCAAGGUGUACAGAAACUGGUCUUUGGCUGCCGUCCCAUUGGUCGAUAUAUCUUGGAAGAAGGGCCGGUGCCCCUGAAGUGCAAAGAUGGAUUCUGGUAUGGAUCUUUCCCGACUUGUACGCCCCUAAAAAAUGAAACCGAGAUAAUAGCUCUUGCUAAAGAACUUAAACAACCUACAAAUCCGUGCCUUAAGGACGAUGUUGAUGUGCCUGACAUUACGGAUUGUUCCUAUUUCUUCAAAUGCGCACAUGGAAGGUCGCAUGGUAGGGUGAAGUGUCCAUCAGGUCUGCACUUCGAUGUGAAGACCAAGCGUUGUUCAUGGCCCAAAGACGCCCAGUGUGGGACUUCUCUUUUUAUAGAAGCCAUGAAAUUAGCAGACUUGGUUCCAACUAUUCUCAUUGAGCCGGACAACGUGGACAAGCCUUUUGGUUUAAUGGCCACCAACGACCAGGGUCAUUUGAUCAUAUAUCCCAACACCAACUUGAAGCUGCACUGUCUUUUCCCUGAAAACCAGCUGGGGUGGCCAACUUGGGAAGCAGAGCAGUUCUCGACUGGAUUUACGUAUCCAAUUCAUGCCAGAACUUCGCAACAUCGGAGCACCGUCGAAUUCGAUGCAAUUACAAGCAGAUUUAGCGGAAUAUACACUUGCAAAUCCCCUUAUAAUAAGAAACAUUCGAUUACGAUGGUUGUAGAAGAUGUCAAGUGCCCGGUUUUCCAAGUGAACAGCGAGCAAGAAAAGGCUUUGACCUACAACGGUCAUCCGGACGGGGGAGAGAGAAUUCUCACUACAACUGCCCAGUUCUUCUGCGAGGGCGGAUCUUCAAUAGCAGCCACCUGUCUCCCGAAUGGCAACUGGUCGAUAUCUGCACCGACAAUGGAAGAAUGUCCGCCAAAAAGGCUCAGGUAUACCAAUCUAAGUCCCAGACGGAGAACCAGCUAUAAGCCAAAAUAUACUUCUUCGUAUCAGAGUUAUAGAACAUUUGAAAAUAGGACCCAUUUUGAAAUUCAAGUUGCCAAGCCCGGAAGUCAAUAUAAAAGGACACAAACUCGUACAACUAGGACACGUUCAAGAACAUACGGAGCCAAGAUCUGGGGAUGUGACGUUUUCAUCAAACAAAGCGAUGACGACCCGGAAGUGAAGUACGACAACCACAAACACGAAAUCCGAUUCAGUUGCACCGGAAAUCGAAGAUUGGUUGGAGGAGCUGUUGCCACCUGCAUCCAUAAUACUUGGACACUUUCUCCAUUUCCUAAAUGUAAAUAAACUGUGCUGUGUUUGACGAACAACGCUAAAAUUACUUUAUGCCAGAUCUUUCAUAUAAUUCCCACAUGCAACAUAGCAUCUCUUUAUAUAACAUGUUUUGAAAAACCGUACCUUUGUAACAACAAUAAGAGUACGUCGUACGUCCUCUAAUACCCAUGCUCGUUUAUAGUAAGACAAUAAGAUUAAAAUUGCUCUAUGUCAGACCAUUCAUUUGAUUCCUGUAUACAACUCAGCAUAUUUUUAUGUAAGGUGCCUUUUUUUUUAUGUAAGAUGCCUUAUUAUACCUAUGCUCGUUUGCAAAAAGGCCUGCCAAAGUCAUAUGACCUCUAGUUUUGUAAGCUUAUUGAUUGAAUUUAUACUCGCAUAAUCUCCCAACUACAGUUUUUACUAUCUCAUUGAAAAUGGUGCUUCAAGGAUUGAAACUAGAAAAAUCAUUCUAAUUGUCCGUUACAAGUUAAGGCAUUAGUAUACAGAAAAUAGCUAGCGGCCGAAUCACUCAUGAAUGACGUCAUGCGUAUUCAUGCGUAUUUCCUGGCAUAGAAAGAUGAAAAUGAAAUAAACUACUAAUUUUUACAAGUACAUAUGUGUUUUUAACAACCAACGUGUAUUUACAUUUUAUAUAGAAAAAACUAUAUAUCCUUCACUAUCCAUACAAAUAUAUCUAUAUCUUAUAUAUAUUGUUACGAAAUUUUCCCGGGGUUCGUUUGGAUAGUGGGAGUUAUAUGGUGUGGAGAACGCUCAAUCAGCAGACGGCAGUAGAAAAUAAAACAACGACGUUUAUUUACACGAAGACACACAGGACAGCACAAAGACGACAACUGUAUACAGCACAGAAGACGGUUAUCUUCAGCCGAGACGUGCAGCAUACAACAGACAGUAGCACACAGCUCAGUUCAGCACUAGCUUGACUCCGUCGCUACUCCGCUUAUCACUGGAUGACCAAUUCUUCACCGUCGCUUCCGACUACUCUUCGACUCCACUGGUCCACGACCCAAUUCACCACUGCCCGGCAGCUGCGGGUGCUUCUUUUUAUAGGUCUCAGGAGGCGGGGCUAGAAGCCUCUCAACCAAUCAGGAACGUUCGAGACGUAACUCGGUUCCUACUGGACAGAUAGGGAAAAUUCUCGAUGUUUCGGGUAUAAUCUAUUUUGGCGCCAAAGUCGCCAAAUUCGUCGCCAAGUCGCCAAAUGGUCGCCAAGCUCUGGGACCACCUAUGGAACCAACUAUGCUGGAAAGCCGCAUCACAGAUUCGUAAUAUAUAUAUAUAUCCUUCACGAUCCAUAAAAAAAUUCAAUGAGUAAUGCCAUAAUGUGAUUGUGUAGCCUCGCAACAACUUUUGGUCUAUGCCUCAAACAAAUGAGAAUUGAUCUUUGAGUGUAUUUUGAUAUUUUUGUUUAUUUUUUACUUUGUAGUGAUAUUACAUAAGAUUAUUCAGAAAAAUGAAGUGACUUUAAAAUUCGAUUAUUGAUAAAAAAAGAUGCUGUAUGCGCAGAAAAUUUAGAACUAAAUAAACUAGAUUUUUUUUGCAAUAAAAUCAUAAUGAAAUCG